CUGGAUGCCGCGUCUGAGCCGCCGCCGCCGCCGCCGGAGGCGGGUGUGUCCGCGGCUGCGCGCCGAGCACCCCUUUCUCGCCCCUGGGCUAGCGGGGCCGAGGCGUCGCCUCUCGUCCGCCGGGUUGGGGGCCGCGCCAGUUUCUGAAGAGAUAACAGGAAAGGAAUUAACGAUCCAUUCAUCCUACAAUGUCCGAAAAUUUAUCAACAAGCAGGAAGGAAAAGAAUGAGGAUGAAGUCGCAGCUAGCCUAAAUACUGAAGGACUAAACAAAAGCCCUCAAGAGGUUUCUGAAAGUGAUGCUAGGAAAGACUCAUUACAAUCAGUAGAGAAUCUUGACAUGGCUGGAAAAUCAUCAGCAAGGUCUCUUGAAAAAAAAGAUGAACUCAUAGUUGGCCUAAAUACUGAAGGACUGAAUGAAAUUCCACAUGAAGUUACUGAAGCAGAUGCUAGUAAAGACAUUUUACAAUCAUUUGAGAGUUUUCAAAUUAUCGAAGGAUUAUCAACAAGUAUGUCAAAUGAAAAAGAAGAUGAUGAAAACAUAGCUGAUUUUAGUGAUGAUGGAAUGAUGGAACUCUCCCAAGAAGUUUUUGAAACAGAUACCAAAAGAGACAAAGUACAAUCAGCGGAAAACUUUGAAAUAGCUGAAGUAUUCUCAACAAGUAUAUUACCUGAAAAAAAGAGUGAUGAAUUCCUAGCUGAUCUAAAUGCUGAGGGGAUGAUGGAAAUCUCUCAGAAGAUCUCUGAAAGAGAUGUGGAAAAAGACACAUUACACUCACUAGAAAAUCUUGAAGUGUUUCAAAAAUUAUCAACAAGUGUGUUACAGGAAACAGGGGAUGCUGAAGAAUUAAACCAAAUCCCUCAAGAAGUUGUUGAAGGAGAUGCUAAAAGAGAUCAGUUACAAUCAGAAGAGAAUCCUGAAGUAGCUGAAAAGGUAUCAACACAUAUAUUGCAUGAGGUAAAACAUGGGGACUUUAUGGUUAAACUAAAUGCUAAAGGACUAAGGGAAAUCCCUCAAGUAGUUUUUGAAAUACAAAUUUUAAAAUAUUUGCAUUUAAACAACAAUGAAAUCAAAACUUUACAUAAAAAUCUAGGUAAUCUGACAAACCUGGAAAUACUAUCCGUUGAAGGAAAUGGAUUGAUAGCAUUGCCACCUGAAAUUUCCCUACUUCACAAACUGAGAGUUUUGAACAUCAGUCACAACCAGUUAUCAUGUCUCCCUAAAGAGUUAUCAAAGCUUGUAAAUAUUAAGCAACUUUUUGUCAGUCACAAUAACAUUGAAGAAUUCCCAGCUGCCUUGGAAUGCCUUGAAACCUUGGAAAUUUUAGAUCUUGCUGUAAAUAAUUUAAAAACACUGCCAGAAAAUAUGGUUAGCAUGAAAAAUUUGAAUGUACUCAACCUUGAUUCCAAUCAAAUCUUAAUAUUCCCAAAGGUCCUCUGUUACCUUCCAAAUCUAAUCAAACUCAGCAUUUCGGGGAACCUGAUUCAGAGUUUACCUAAGGACAUUAAAGAGCUCAGGAGAUUACAAGCACUUUCAAUGAAUCACAACAAACUUAUAUUUCUGCCUGUGCAGCUUUUUCAACUAGCAAAACUACAAAAACUCAGGCUGGAUGAUAACAAGUUGGAAGUUCUUUCAGACAAAGUUGAGAAUUUGCAAGAACUUAGAGUUCUUAGUGUUGCCAACAAUUUAUUCAAAAACAUUUCAGAGAAUCUUUGCAAUUGUACAAUGCUGGAAUGUCUUAUUCUUCAUGGCAAUCAGCUAACACAACUUCCUAAUAGGAUGCACAGACUUAAACGUUUAAGGGAACUUUGCAUAAGUAGAAAUCAAAUGGAUAACCUAGAUGAACAGAUAUCACGUAUUAAAGACCUCUCCAUUAUAGAAGCUUCUGGAAAUGCAUUAACGUGCAUUCCUGUUGAAAUAAAAAAUUGCAUGCAGAUAAUUAAAGUUGACUUGAGCUAUAACAAACUUUCUCAGUUUCCAGUUGGAUUGUGUGCACUAGUUGCUCUUAAAAUCUUAAACCUCAGUGGAAACUAUAUUUCAGAAAUAAUAACUGAAAUUUCUUUUAUUGAAAAUUUGGAGCACCUAGAAUUAAAUAGAAACAAACUGUCCUAUUUUUCUGAACACUUGUGCAGACUUACAAAACUAAUUUACUUAGAUUUAAGUGAAAAUGAAAUAAAUAGCAUUCCAAAAGAGGUAUCUAAUAUGAAGUAUCUCCAGGUCCUUCUUUUAUACCACAACAAAUUUGUCUCAUUUCCCAGGGAACUGUGUUCUUUAAAUAGUUUACAGAAACUUGAUCUUUCAGAGAAUCAAAUACAGUGCAUUCCCUCAGAUAUUUGUAAUCUGCAAAUGAUCAAAGAUUUAAAUUUGUCAAAUAAUCAGUUAGUAUCUUUUCCAUCUGAAAUAUGUCAUCUUUCAUCACUGGAGAAACUCAAGUUGUGCCAAAUAAACGGAUUGAAGUUAACUAAACUUCCAGAGGAGCUGUCUAAACUGACUUGCCUCAGAGAGCUGGAUAUAUCUCACAAUGCAUUAAAAGACAUUCCAGAAGGCAUAGGGGAACUGAAACACUUGGUCAGCUUAACUGCAAAUAAUAAUUCCAUUAGUCAGCUUCCCAAAUCUGUUACAUCAUUGAGUGAUCUACAACAACUCAAUCUGAGUGGAAAUCAGUUAAUAUGUUUGCCGAGUGGGCUCCAACAUCUUCAGUCACUGAAGGAUAUAAAUUUUGAUGGAAAUCCUCUGAUCAGACCUCCACAGGAAGUCUGUAAAGGAAAACAACUAUAUACCAUUGUAUGCUACCUGGAGAGUGCUGAUGAAAGAGAUGGGAAAAUUUUGCAGAAGAUAUUUAAGAUAAUUUCUGGGAACGUUUCCUUUGAAAAUUUUGAAUUUUUCUGCCAGAAACUGCAAUUUAAUAAUGCUGAAAUUAAAUCUCUUGAAAAUAACAGGACUCUUGUAUUGGAAGAGAAAAUCCUCCAGGCACUGGAGAUCUGGAAAAGUGAAAACAAAGCUCUAACUCCUGCUGAAAUGAUAGAUCAGUUGAUCAGAGUAUUAACAAUGACAGGCAUGCAUUACCUGACCAACAAAGUGAAAGCUUUAAAACUCUAUACACAGUCAGUAAAAUUCUAAAUAGCUGAUGCAUAAAAAAGCAUUUUUAUUUGUGAACAAGAUGAAAGCUUGUGAUAUAAUUAUCUGUUUCUGAAAAUAUCAUCAUUCUGAAUGUACCAUAAAUUGAGAGACUGAAUGGUUAGUUUCUUAUUAGAAGUUGGUUUGUAAUUCUGUAUGUCUUUUCAAAAUGUCUUGAGUCCAAAAAUUCCCCACACAAACACUCAAACCUUCAAUGCCUUUUUUUCUUGAUUUCUAGAGUGGGAAAGAAGCAUUUUUAAUAAGCUAAAAAUACAUUAUCUGCUUACAGUGCAUGUAAGAUAUGAAAUCAAGAAAGUCAUUAUUUUUUACCUAAAAUUGUUGUAUCAAGCUGACUUCUUUAUUAUUGUGAUA